AUGAGCGGACAGACUGGUAACAUCGACCUCGCGCGGCUCGAUGCGCAGAUGACCGAGCUUCUCGAGGCAUUUGAAGACCACCCCCAAAUGCAACCACCGGUGACACAUCCGACCGUCUACUUCCUCAUGGACUUUGUCCGCAACACUCAAAAAGAGCUCAAGGGCAUCGAUGCCGAGAAAUACGCAGCUGGCGACCAAGCAGCGCGCGAACAAGUACUGGAAGUCGUAGGACGGAACCAGUUCACCUAUGUACUCCUCAAUGACUCGUCUGGCAAGGUCUCAGUUAUGACAGGCAGUGACCCGAACAACCCUGUUGAUUUUGGCGCAAACAUCAAGGCUAAGGCGCGGGCGUUGACAGAGGGCUUAGCAUAG